CAGCAAUUGCUGUCGUUAGCUACAUUUUAUAUAAGUGUUAUAUUUAUCCCUUAUAUUUAUCUCCUUUACGUAAAGUUCCUGGUCCACCUGUUGAUAAUUUUAUUCUUGGACAUUAUGCUUCUUUAUUAAAUAAAAAUAUAAAGGAAGCCUUUUCUCACUUAGUAAAACAAUAUGGUGGAAUAGUUAAGUACCAUGGCUUAUUGAAUAAACCCUAUAUCUUAGUUUCAGAUCCAAAACUUGUCCAAGAAAUACUAUCAAGUCAUUCAUAUGAAUAUCCGAGAGAUAUCUUUAAUAAACCUCCGCUCAAGGAUAUUUUAGGUGAAGGUAUUUUAUUUGCUAAUGGAAAUGUUCACAAAAGACAAAGAAAAAUGAUGUCUCCUUUAUUUGCUUUUACCAAUAUCAAGGAAAUGCUUCCAACAAUCGUUCAAGCGGGACACAAAUUAAAAGAUAUCUGGAUGAAACAAAUCGGUAAUAAGAAAGAGAAACAAAUUACAAUUACAGAUUUAGUUCCAAAGACAACUUUAGAUAUUAUUGGUCUUGUUGGGUUUAAUUACGAAUUUAAUUCUAUUACUUCAAAAUCUGAAUUAGCUCAAGCAUAUAAUUCAAUAGCUAGUAACAAUCAUUCGUCUAUAUACUUAGCUCUUGUUCGUUUCUUUCCUUCAAUCAGAAAACUUCCAACAUCGAGUAAUAAAAAACUGUAUAAUUCUAUUAAAACUAUCAAUAAUAUUUCUGAGAGACUAAUUGCAAAACAAAGAAGUAGUCUUGUUCGAGGAACAGAUUUAUUGUCAUUGCUGGUAAAAGCAAAUGAUAACUUGCCUGUUGAUGAACAAUUAACGCAUAAAGAAUUAACUGGUCAGGUUAUGACAAUGCUCGUAGCUGGGCAUGAGACUAAUAGUACUGCACUAACUUGGGUAUUAUACUUUCUCGCAAAAAAUCCUGAUGUUCAGGAUCGUCUUCGUAAAGAAGUUCUUGAAAUACUUAUUGACCGUGAUUAUUGCCCAACUUUUGAUGAAAUUGAACAUAUGAAAUAUUUAGAAUGUGUCUAUAAAGAAUCUUUAAGGAUUAUUCCGCCUGUACCUACACUCUUUCGUACUACCAUAAAAGAUAAAAUAAUGAAUGGUUACCUUAUUCCAAAGAAUACUUCAUUAUGGAUUCCUAUUUAUGCAAUCCAUCGUAAUCCUUUAAUUUGGGGUGAUGACGCUGAACAAUUCAAUCCAUCUCGGUGGCUUGAUCCGGAAAUAAAAUCAAAAAUAACUAAUCAUACUUUCUUACCUUUUGGUGCUGGUCCACAAAAUUGUUUGGGAAUGAAAAUGGCUCAUUUAGAACUUAAAUCUAUUUUAUCUAUACUUAUUAGAAAUUUUGAGUUUAGAUUGGUUGAAGGUUUUACUGUUAAAAUGGGAGAAACAGUUUUAUCUAAACCAGUUUCUGGAAUUGAUUUAUUGGUUUCAAAAGUAGAUUGUUAA